GACACGGACAUGGCUGGCCCUGUUCAAGCAUGGAAGGGUCAGGAGCAGCCCAGUUCCUCUUAGGGAUGUAACCUAUCUCUGAAAAGGAAGAUCACAGUUACCUGCUGAUUAAGCAUCACUAGGGCUCCAAGUGAGCUCUGAUUAGAGCUGUUUGGAAGCCAGCAGGGGCCAUGACCACCCUCUCUCCUGAAAACAGCCUCUCUGCCAGACAGUCGGCCUCCUUCAUCCUGGUGAAGAGAAAACCACCCAUUGACAAGACAGAAUGGGACAGCUUCUUUGAUGAGAAUGGCCACUUGGCCAAGUCACGGGACUUCAUUUGUGUUAACAUCCUGGAAAGGGGUCUGCACCCCUUCGUGAGGACUGAAGCCUGGAAGUUCCUCACUGGCUACUUCUCAUGGCAGAGUUCCCAGGAUGAGCGGCUCACCGUGGACAGCACGAGGAGGAAGAACUACAAGGCCUUAUGCGAAAUGUAUGAGAAGAUUCAGCCCCUUCUGGAAAACCUGCACCGGAACUUCAUAGAGACUCGUAAUAACAUCACACAUGACAUUCAGAAACUCUAUGACAAAGACCCCCUGGGCAAUGUCCUCAUCGACAAGAAGAGGCUAGAGAAGAUCCUGCUCCUGAGUUACGUCUGCAACACGCAGGCAGAGUACCAGCAGGGCUUCCAUGAGAUGGUGAUGCUCUUCCAGCUAAUGGUGGAACAUGACCAUGAGACCUUCUGGCUUUUCCAGUUCUUCCUGCAGAAAACGGAGCACAGCUGCGUCCUCAACAUAGGCGUGGGCAAGAACCUAGACAUGCUCAGCACCCUGAUCACCUUCUUGGACCCCGUGUUUGCUGAGCACCUAAAAGGGAAGGGUGCAGGGGCCGUGCAGUCCCUCUUCCCCUGGUUCUGCCUCUGCUUCCAGCCAGCCUUCAAGUCCUUCGAUGACGUCUGGAGGCUCUGGGAGGUUCUGCUGUCGGGGAAGCCCUGCAGGAAUUUCCAGGUGCUGGUGGCCUACAGCAUGCUGCAGAUGGUCCGCGAGCAGGUGCUACAGGAGAGCAUGGGCGGGGAUGACAUUCUCCUGGCCUGCAACAACCUCAUUGACCUUGAUGCUGAUGAGCUGAUCUCCGCCGCCUGCGUGGUGUAUGCUGAGCUCAUCCAGAAGGAUGUUCCUCAGAUAUUAAAGGAUUUCUUCCUCUGAAGACACCAACACCCACAGUGGACCGAUGCCCUCGAUGGACAGGAUGAAGGUCUGGGGCACCAGAGUGAGGGCAUAGGUAAAACAGCUGCAAUAUAAUCAGCCCUCUGGAA